AUGUCUAAGAAGGGGGAACAGGAAGCAGAGAGAGCAGAUGGGAGAUCCAAACCAAAAUCAGAGAUCCAAACCAAAAAUAAAAAAUCAGAGAUCCAUUUUGACAUUCACCUGCAAAGAAACAAAACCAAAAACCAAAUCAAAAACCAAAAAACGCAGAAAAGGGUUUCCGCCAUUGCAGCCGCCGUCGUGGGCUGUCUCGCCGCACCGUCGCGGGCUCCCGCCGCACCGUCGCGGGCUCCCGCCGCACCGUCGUGGGCUCUCGCCGCACCGUCGCGAGCUCCCUCGCCGCGCCGUCGAGAUCUCUCAAGCCUCGCCGCGCUAUCGGAGCUCUCUCGCCUCGCUGCACCGUCUCGUCUCGUCACCGUCACUGUCUCGUCUCGUCAGAUCUCGUCUCGUCUCGCCUCGCCGCACCGUCGCCGCACCGUCACCGCACCGUCCUGGGGAUGCAGAGGCAGAAGUCAUCUGGUGAGAGAAUGA